UCCGUCAGUGUCGUAGUCCCAUUUGCCAUUCGUCAGUGCUCCUCAGUGGUUUGUGUUGUAAUGUUGUGUCCAGUUAUGCCCGACAAGCAUGCUAGCUGAUAAGACUUCCGAUGUCUAUAUCAGGACUGCAUGGGCUAACGCUGAAGUCGCUCUAGCUCAAAUAAACAAGGGUAAGGCCGAAGGAUCGAGGACAGCCAUCUGGGUUAGGAGCCGUAUUCAAGCAGAACUAUUUCAUCUUGGCUGCCUCGUCUACUGCCACCCGGGAAAAGUCAUCUUUGUUGCCAUCCUUCUUCUAGCAUCGUUUUGUGUUGGUUUGAAAAGUGCCGUUUUCCAUUCCAGAAUCGAACAACUAUGGGUAGAAGAAGGAGGCAAUGUAGAAAAGGAACUAAGAUAUAGGACUGCUACGUUAGGAGAGACUGGGUCCAGUAUUCAUCAACUAGUUAUACAGACUGCCAAAGAUUCAGAUGCUUCGGUACUGCACCCGUAUAGUUUGUUGAAACAUGCUGAAGUUGUUAAAAUUGCAAUUUCGUUGUCCGUGAAUUUAUUUGACAUCACAUGGAGGUUAAAAGAUCUGUGUUAUUCUCCUAGCAUUACAAAUUUUGAUGCCCACUUCAUAGAUCAAAUAUUUGAAAACAUUAUUCCAUGUGCAAUAAUUACACCGUUGGAUUGUUUUUGGGAAGGAUCUAAAUUAUUAGGCCCAGAUUAUCCAGUCAACAUACCUGGUCUUGGAUCAAAAGUUUACUGGACAAAUCUUAACCCUCAGAAACUCCUUGAAACUGCAAAAACUUUUGAAAUUGGGUUCCCUUAUGACACCUUGGAACAACAUAUGAAAAGAGCAGGAAUAAGUACAGGGUAUCAAGAAAAACCAUGUCUCAAUCCUUUAGAUGAAGAAUGCCCUAGUUCUGCUAGUAACAAGAAGAGUCAAAAGCCACCAAAUAUAGGGGCUGAGUUAACUGGGGGAUGUUAUGGAUUUGCAGCAAAAUAUAUGCACUGGCCUGAAGAAUUAAUUUUAGGUGGUAUUAAACGAAACAAGACUGGACAUAUCCAAAAGGCUCAAGCUCUUCAAACUGUUGUUCAGUUAAUGGGAGAAAAAGAGUUGCAUGAGUUUUGGUCGGAUACUUAUAAAGUGCACUAUGUUGACUGGAGUCAAGAAAAAGCUGCUUUAGUCCUUGAAACAUGGCAAAAGUCCUUUUCUAAGGAAAUUCAUCGUUUAAUGGGAAAAGGAAACAGUACAUCCCCUUACAAUAUGUAUGCUUUUUCGUCAGCAACAUUAAAUGACAUUUUACACCGUUUUUCACAAAUUAACAUAAACAAAAUUGCUUUUGGAUAUGUAUUAAUGUUAUUGUAUGCAGCAGCUUCUUUAUUGAGGUGGAAUGACCCAGUGAGAUCACAGUGUGCACUUGGUGUUGCUGGUGUAAUUCUUGUAUCAGUUACUGUAGCUGCAGGGCUUGGUUUUUGUGCAGUACUUGGAAUAGCUUUCAAUGCAUCUACCACUGAGAUUGUUCCUUUUUUGGCUUUGGGGUUAGGAGUUGAUGAUAUGUUUCUCUUAACCCAUACUUAUGCUGAACAAGCUGGAAAUAAUACCCCACCAGAAGAGCAAACAGGAUUUUUACUUAAGAAAACUGGCCUUAGUGUUCUACUGACAUCAUUGAGCAACAUGUGUGCCAUGUUUGCCGCUGCUUUAAUACCAAUUCCAGCUCUUCGAGUCUUUUCUUUACAGUCUGCAGUGCUUGUACUAUUUAAUUUAGCGUCUGCACUGCUUGUUUUCCCAGCGAUUGUAAGUCUUGAUUUGAGGCGUAGAGGCUCUGGGAGAUAUGACAUGCUCUGUUGUUGCUUGCCACCACAAAAUUAUGCUGGUACGUGCACCCAAAAAACUAAAGGGCCAGCUUGCAAACAGCAAGCUAUUACUCGCGCACUUCCUCCAGAUCGUCAGCAAACUGUGACAAUGUUGGCACCUAAGAAAACUUGUAAAGUAAGCAGUCAAAAUGAAGAAAAACCAAACAAGACGGAAAGCAAUGGUGAAAUAUGUGAACUACUGUUUGAUGGAAAUCUGUCGUUGUCAACAAUUGGAUCAUGUUACUCUAAAUUCAUCAUGAAGCCUCAGAUCAAAAUCAUUUCCACAAUAUUGUUCAUUGUUGUAUUGAUAAUAAGUGUCUGGGGAUUACUAAGGAUCACGGAUGGGCUGGACCUUAAAGAUAUUGUACCUCAGGAUACAAAUGAGCACGAAUUCCUUAAUGCUCAGACCAAAUAUUUUGGAUUUUACAAUAUGUAUGCUGUUUCACAUCGAGAUUUCGAAUAUCCCACUAACCAGAAGCUUCUAUAUGAAUAUCAUGAAGCUUUCAUGCGUGUGGAGAGUAUAGUUAAAAAUGAUAAUGGAGGGCUUCCGCCAUUUUGGUUGAGCAUGUUUCGAGAUUGGUUAAUAGAAUUACAAUUGGCUUUUGAUCGAGAUUGGAAAAAUGGGAAAAUUACACAGGAACGAUGGUAUUCGAAUGCUUCAGAUGAAGGAAUACUAGCUUAUAAACUUCUUGUCCAAACUGGGCAUGUAGAUAAUCCAAUAGAUAAGUCCCUAAUUACCCAAGUGAAAUUAGUCGACUCUGAAGGAAUCAUCAAUCCGAAAGCUUUUUAUAACUAUUUAUCAGCUUGGGCGACGAAUGACGCUUUAGCUUAUGGAGCUUCUGCUGCUAAUCUUUAUCCCAACCCAAGGGAAUGGCACCAUGUAGCAACAGACUUUGAUUUAAAAAUUCCCAAAAGUGCUCCAUUGAAAUACACACAAUUGCCGUUUUAUUUGCACGGUUUAAAGGACACUGCUGCUAUAACAAAAGCGGUCACACAAGUGAGAGAAAUAUGCCAAAAAUUUGAAGAGCGUGGUGUGCCUAAUUUCCCGUCAGGAAUUCCAUUUCUGUUUUGGGAGCAAUAUAUUCAUUUGAGACAAUCAUUAGGCUUAGCACUUUUAUGUGCUUUGACAUCAGUAUUUAUUGUUAUUUCCGUAUUGCUGGUCAAUCCUUGGACUGCUGCAUUGAUAGUUUUUAUGCUGGCUGGGAUGAUACUUCAACUCCUUGGAAUUAUGGGUGCACUUGGAAUCAAAUUGAGCGCAAUACCUGCAGUACUCUUAAUAAUAGCGGUUGGACUUGGCGUUCAUUUUACUGUACACCUUUGUCUUAGUUUUGUAACUUCAAUUGGCAACCGGGAAAGAAGAUCUAUAAUGGCUGUGAAACAUAUGUUCUCUCCAAUUGUGCACGGUGCACUAACGAUGCUUCUUGCGAUAGUCAUGUUAGCAUUUUCUGAAUUUGACUUCAUCGUGAGAUAUUUCUUUUAUAUAUUAUUGGCAUCAGUUGGAGUUGGUUUAAUCAAUGGUCUUGUCUUUCUCCCUACAUUGUUGUCUCUCAUAGGACCAGAAGCAGAAGUUAGACCGUUUACUCAUGAAAAUAGAAUUUCUACACCGUCCCCUGAACCUCUUCGUAAGGUCAGGCCAGUAUCAUAUAGGAAUAGUGCAGCCCCGCCAAGAAGAGCGACAAGUGGUGGUCAGUGUCAUAGGGAACCUUCUUUAACGACAAUUACUGAAGAAGCAUCCUGGCAUUCUACUACACAUGAAAUUAUAGUUGAGCCUGAGUUUGUUGUUGAAACAACCACAUGUACUCAUCCUCAUAAUGGCAAUGGUGGAAGCAAUAAAUCUUCGUGUGGUCAGCAUUCUUGGAGCCAACACUCCGAUCCACAACCACAAUCUACCCCUCACAUUACAACCAAAGUAACCGCAACUGCAAAACUGAAAGUUGAAGUUCAUACUCCAAUCGGUACAGUAGAUAGUUGUAAAACACGGCGAAGUCGACGGACGAGUAAAGAUUCUAGUUCAAGUUCGGAUUCUGACAUAGGAAAUCGAAUAUAAAUAUUUUAAGAUGAAUGAAGAAUUAUAAUGUACCUGGUUACCUUAGAUUUAGUGUGUUACAACCCAACAGCGCAGAGCUCAUCCUACUCUUACCUUUAGUCAAAUUGGCAUGAUUUAAAUCAUGCACGUAUUCAAACUAUCAUUGUUAACAUUACCAGACUUUACUCAUGUUAGGCAUUAAUAUAACUGGCAGACUGUCAUUCCUAGUUAUUAAAAUAAGCAGUUCCUUGUGGAAGUUGGAAAUAAAAUGUUAAUUUAUUUAAAUUAUAGAAUUCCCAAAUGGCUGUGGUUUGGUUGGUUUAAUGUUAGGUACCAAAGUAAAUAAAACAUUCCACCAUGUCAGCCUUUUAUAUAUUUCACAAUGUGAAUGUCAUUUAAUUUUUAUUUGUAUUAAAAUUAUAAACAAUUUUAAUAAUCUGUUUGAAUUAAGGAGCAGAAUUAAGAAAAAGGCAUCAAUUGUGUAAAAUUUAGAUAGUAUAUUCGAGCAGAAUCAGCUCAGCGAUCUUUUUCAUUUACAAAUAAAUUAUAAAUACAGAACCGUGACACUUAUAGAAUCAUUUGUCUCGAAACAAAACUAUAAAAAGCCAGAGAACCAUAUUUAUCUUAUUCAACAAAAUUUCUGAUUAUAUCAAAGUAUUACUCAAGAUAAUUCCCUCAUAUACUUAAAUAGACAUAUCAUAUUUCUUUAGUCAUUAAUAAUUUAUAAAAUUGUAAAUUUGUUGUUUUUAUUUAUUUUUGUGUUAAUAUGUUAUUAUUUAAUUAUUUAUAUUAGACAUAGUUGUAGUAAUAUUCUUGCCAUAUUGUUAAAAAUUGGAAAAGUAACUUAUUUAUACUUUUGCUACAAAUGCCAGUUGUUUCCUAAUAGUUAAAUUGAAUUGGAAUUAAGAACAAAUUGCUCAUGGAGUAUUCUUUGUAUAGUAAUUAUGUAAAGAGUGUAACAUAUACCAUUUAUAAACAAAA